UUCAUGCACCUCUUUCUCUCUCAACACUCAUCCACUAUAAAGAUUUCCCUCCAAACCCAUUUCUCCCAAAUAUCUCUCUCUCUCUCUCUCUCUCUCUCAACACAAAACCCAUCUCUGCAAACCACAAAAAUUGGACUGAUAUGUACGGGUGCGAGUGUGCGCCGGUGAUUCUCCCGGCAAAUAAUACCGUUGAGUUUCCGGCGUAUCGCCGGAGCUCAAGCUUCAGUAGCCUCAUCCCAUGCUUGUCAGAAACAUGGGGUGACUUGCCGUUAAAAGUUGACGACUCAGAAGACAUGGUCGUAUACGGGUUUCUACGUGACGCGGUUAGUGUGGGCUGGACGCCGUUUAAUAUAACGGCCACAAACGUUAAGAUUGAGCCGAGAGAUGAAAUGGAGCCGGCUACGACGAUGGCUCAAUUGGUGGCGCCGCAGGUGAAGGAGGAGCCGGUGGUAUCGCCGCAGAAGGGAAGGCAUUAUAGGGGAGUGAGGCAGCGGCCGUGGGGGAAGUUCGCGGCGGAGAUAAGGGAUCCGGCGAAGAACGGCGCGAGGGUAUGGCUCGGGACUUACGAGACCGCCGAGGAAGCCGCUCUGGCCUACGACAGAGCGGCUUACCGGAUGCGCGGCUCGCGGGCUCUGCUUAACUUCCCGCACCGUAUCGGCUCCAACGAGCCGGAGCCGGUUCGGAUAACGGCCAAGAGGAGGUCGCCGGAGCCGUCCACGUCGGUUUCGGAGAGCGGCUCGCCGAAGAGGAGGAAAAGAGGGGUGACGGCGGGCGAGGUGGAAGUGGAGAGCCAAUCAAAUGCGUUCCAAGUGGAGUGCCAGAUGAGACAAUUGCCCGUCGGCGAGCAACUAUUGGUUAGCUAGAUUUGAGCUGGCGAUGAGGUGGGCAUUUUUUUUUGUGUGGGUGGGGGUGGCAGGUUAGGAAAUUUUGGUGUGGUGGGGACCAGUUUGGCUGAUUUGCAAAAUGUCAAAUGUGUAAAUGGAUACUCCUAUUCCUACAUGGAGUAUUUGUUUUAAUUACAUGAUGAAAGUCCAACCAAUUAACCAAAUGUGUGAUAUUUGAGAGCCAAGCCUUUUCGUUUUUUUGUUUUUGAUUGUUAAUGUAUGUAUUGUUUUGCUUUUGGGGGUAAGAAAAGAAAGAGCUUCGUUGAAAA